UAAUUAAUUAAAAAAUCUGCACACUCACAGAGGAAAGAAAAAAGAAAGAGCGAAAGGAAAGGUUUUCGGUGCCGAGAGAGAGAGAGAGAGAGAGAGAGGAGAGAGAUUUUGGAUUUUUAUCUUCAUCUUCUUCCUCCUUGCGUUCUGUUUGGCAGCAGCGGCGGAAACUCAGAGAGAGGGAGACGAACAGCUGUAAAUCCAAUACGUCGCCGUAUCGGCAGUCUCAGAUCUAGUAAGGGUUUUCUCACAGAAGAGGAGAGAGAGAGAAUGAGCGGGAGAGGCGGCGGAGGCGUGGCCAGCAAUGGCAAGGGCAAUACUGGGAUUUCCGGCAUACCGGCGGGGUCUCGGAAGAUGGUGCAGAGCUUGAAGGAGAUUGUGAAUAACUGCACUGAGCAAGAGAUCUACGCUAUGCUUAAAGACUGUAACAUGGACCCUAACGAGGCCGUCAAUCGCCUCCUGGCCCAAGAUCCUUUUCAUGAAGUGAAGAGCAAACGAGAAAAGAAAAAAGAGAGUAAGGAGCCGACAGAUUCCAGGUCCCGUGGGGCAAGUAACACUUCAAGUUAUGGUGCUAGAGGUGGUGACCGUUAUUCUGCACGUGGCGGAUCAAACCACUUUAGCUCUAAUGAUUCUGGUUUUUCGCAUGGUAAGUCUGCAUACAAGAAGGAAAAUGGGACACAUGCUUAUCCAGGUUCUGCGCCUGGCAUGGCAGGACAUCACACAGGUCGACGACCUACAUCCUACAGCGAUUCUGUGGGGAGUGAAAACAAAGUGCCAACAUUGAGCACAGAUGAUGGAAUAUCGUCAUUCUCACAGCCUUCUUCAGGAUAUCAGUCUGCAUGGGGAGGGGUUCCAGGUCAAGUAUCCAUGGCCGACAUUGUUAAGAUGGGCAGGCCGCAAGCCAAGGCUACCACCUUGCCAAACCCCCAUAAUCAUAGUGGUAAUCAUCAUGAUGGGGCACCUCCUGCAGCAUCAUUGCAUUACAAUUUGCAUUCACCGCAAGAUCAUGUUCCGAAGUUGUCAGCGACCAAUGAUGAGUGGCCCUUGAUUGAUCCACCAUCUGUUAGCAUGUCCUCUGUUCUUGGGGCACCCACAAACUCUGAGCUGUAUGCUGAUUCAUCUAACUUGCCCAUCGAUAGAGUUAAUCAACAUAUAAGAUCCCAGAUAGAUGAGGUUGAGGUGGAAGAAGAUGAUUCUGUUGAGGCACUUCCAAGCCAUAAUGAGCCUACUUCUGUAUCUGGUAGACAUUUACAAGAAGAUAAUUCCGGAGGUGCAUCUAAUUUUGAUAAUAACUUGUAUGAAGACAUAAAUUCCUACCAACCACAGAGGCAUGCUUUCGAGGAGAAUGAAGCUGAAGAAGAUGUGUCAUCAGUGGCUGCAAACUUGCAGCAACUUAAUUUACAAAACGAUGAUAGGGGAGCAGCUCCUGAAGAAGAAAAACCUCCUGUGGUCAUUCCUAAUCACCUUCAGCUUCAUACUCCAGAUGUCUUGAACUUGAGCUUUGGAAGUUUCCGAUCUGGCCCAGAUCCUGCUCUUCCUAGCUCCGAUUCAUUUGCUUCGGAGCCACAGGAAAGCAACUUUGAAGAGACAUCUGGGGCCGUAGAUGUUUCUGCAAUUGCACACUCAGAUGCAAGAAAUCCUGAGUAUUAUGGAGAUGAGCAUCUCAUGAAUGCCUCGGACGAAAAUCUAGUUCAUAGAACUGUAGCCAGUGCUGGAGAUUAUGAAUCUCCUUCAGUUUCACAAGCGGAGAUCUUGAAACAAGAAACCCAUGAACCUGAUCAGGGGAAUCAAUAUGUGUUCUCUUCUGCACCUGGAUUUGCAUAUGAGAACUCCCAACAAUUGGAUGCGGCAUUUUCUCACCAACAGACAAGCUCGCAGAUGCAGAAUAUGGCUCCUUUUUCGAAUGUGAUGCAGGCAUAUACAAAUUCAUUGCCCAGCACUCUGUUAGCUUCAAGUGCUCAAGCUGCAAGGGAGGAUUUUCCAUACUCACCAUUCCCCAUGACCCAAUCUAUGCCCACAAAGUAUGGCAGUGCGGCUUCUUCUAUCAGCGGUCCCACCAUCUCCAUGGCAGAGGCAUUGAGAGCGGGUGGUAUUUCUGCACCUCAGCCUACUCCACAGGGCCUGCCUGGUGCUAAUGUUGCUACUGGACCAGCUCUUCCACAACACCUUGCUGUGCACCCUUAUUCUCAACCUACUCUUCCGCUAGGGCAUUUUUCAAACAUGAUCGGUUAUCCUUUCCUGCCUCAGAGCUACACAUAUAUGCCGUCAGCUUUCCAGCAGCAAUUUGCUGGUAACAGCACAUAUCAUCAGUCUCUGGCUGCAGUUCUCCCACAGUAUAAAAAUAGCGUCUCUGUUAGCAGUUUGCCUCAGUCUGCUAAUAUUCCGCCAGGUUAUGGGUUCAGCAGUUCAACCAGCAUUCCUGGUGGAAACUUUCCUUUGAAUCCACCCUCAGCACCUACAGGCACUACGAUGGGCUAUGACGAUGUUGUAAACCCUCAGUACAAGGACAAUAGCCAUUUGAUCUCACUUCAGCAGCAGCAAAAUGAUAACUCGGGCAUGUGGGUUCAUGGACCUGGUUCCCGAGCAAUGUCCGCUGUUCCAGCCAGCAACUAUUACAGCUUUCAGGGGCAGAAUCAACAGCACGCAGGGUUCCGGCAAGCUCAGCAACCACCGCCUUCACAGCAGUAUGCUGGAACUCUCGGUUACCCUAACUUUUAUCACUCUCAAACCGGGAUGUCCCUAGAACACCAGCAGCAGCAAAGUUCGAGGGACGCAUCCCUGGGCGGCUCACAAGGUGGCCAACCCUCGAAGCAGUCGCAACAGCAGCUAUGGCAGAACAGCUACUAAUUCCCAGUCAUCUCCUCCCUCUCCUCAAGGUUUUUUUGGGGUCACGUAGUGAGUUUGAAAGUGGCCGAUCAGAGGCGUUUACUGCGGUCGGAAUAAUCGUCAUCAUGUAUCAUUAUUUGGUCAUAAGAGGAAGAGAGCUUGGCUUGGCUGCUGCCCUGUCCCUGUCCCCGUGCCUGUGCCUGUGCCACGAGAGAGAUUGUAUUUCUAGAUAUUGUUUUCUUGCUCACCAUGUUUAACCUGUUACCUUAGGUAAAAACAAGUGUGCUAAUUUGGAUUAGUGGAUAUUUUACUACGAUCCUUUUCGUUUCUUUUC